AUGACAGGAAAGAGAUACUGGAACUGGAUUGUGCAAACAGAAAUGGAUUUAACACGUCUUUUCUAUUUUGAAAUGUUUGAUGAUAACGAUUACACGAAUACUUUCACUUGCAACCACUUCAGGAUUCUACCAAAGAACGGCACUACAACUUCAACGCCUUCAUCCAAUACCCCUUCGGCAUCCUCUUCAACAUCCGCCGAAUCUUCAGAUUCAGACAGCGGCACAGAGGUGGGUGUCGGUAUCGGCGUUGGAGUCAGUUGUGCGUUUUUCAUAGCCCUAUCCGCUAUCAUCUGGUAUUUCCGUCGUCGGAAAGCCGCUUCCGCUACUGCUCCUGAUUCUAAUGCGCCAAAUCAACCUCCUGCAUGGUCUCCACCAAGCGAUACACCGGACCCUUCCAAGCAAAUGCCUCCUCCGGUCGAAGUACCCGGUUACUCUGCAGUUGCUGAAGCUCCUAGCGAUCGUGUCAGAUACGAAUUGUCAUCGUGA